UCUGGGGAGGCCAGAGGCUGGCCUGAGCCUGGCUCUGGGGAUCCCCUGCAUCCAGAAGAGCCAACUGACCACCCUGUUCCUUCACCUCCUCCCGGGACCAUGGGGGCUGGGGCCAGCGCUGAGGAGAAGCACUCAAGGGAGCUGGAAAAGAAGCUGAAAGAAGAUGCCGAGAAGGAUGCUCGAACCGUGAAACUGCUGCUUCUGGGUGCCGGUGAGUCCGGGAAGAGUACCAUUGUCAAGCAGAUGAAGAUCAUCCACCAGGAUGGGUACUCGCUGGAAGAGUGCCUCGAGUUCAUUGCCAUCAUAUAUGGCAACACGCUACAGUCCAUCUUGGCCAUCGUGCGCGCCAUGACCACGCUCAAUAUCCAGUAUGGAGACUCUGCGCGCCAGGACGAUGCCCGGAAGCUGAUGCACAUGGCGGACACCAUCGAGGAGGGCACGAUGCCCAAGGAGAUGUCAGACAUCAUCCAGCGUCUGUGGAAGGACUCGGGUAUCCAGGCCUGUUUCGAUCGCGCCUCGGAGUACCAGCUCAACGACUCUGCUGGCUACUACCUCUCGGACCUGGAGCGCCUGGUAACCCCGGGCUACGUGCCCACUGAACAGGACGUGCUGCGCUCGCGUGUCAAGACCACUGGUAUCAUUGAGACGCAGUUCUCCUUCAAGGACCUCAACUUCCGGAUGUUCGAUGUGGGCGGGCAGCGCUCAGAACGCAAGAAGUGGAUCCACUGCUUCGAGGGUGUGACCUGCAUCAUCUUCAUCGCGGCGCUCAGCGCCUACGACAUGGUGCUUGUGGAGGAUGACGAAGUGAACCGCAUGCACGAGAGCCUGCACCUAUUCAACAGUAUCUGCAACCACCGCUACUUCGCCACCACGUCCAUCGUGCUCUUCCUCAACAAGAAGGACGUUUUCUCGGAGAAGAUAAAAAAGGCGCACCUCAGCAUCUGCUUUCCGGACUACAAUGGGCCCAACACAUAUGAGGACGCGGGCAAUUACAUCAAGGUGCAAUUCCUCGAGCUCAACAUGAGACGCGACGUGAAGGAGAUCUAUUCCCACAUGACGUGCGCCACCGACACACAGAACGUCAAGUUUGUCUUCGACGCUGUCACCGACAUUAUCAUCAAGGAGAACCUCAAAGACUGCGGCCUCUUCUGAGGUGCCUGAACUCAUGCGUUCCUGAGACCCUGUAGCCCUUGCCGCCUUGUAGCCCCAAUCUGCAUGACCCCUAUCAGCCCCCCAGGACUCCUGGGCUCCAGCCUGUGGCCCCACCAGCCACAGAUUCAAAACCCUAAGCCCUGCUAACCUUGAGGGACUUACCCUCCCCCAUGGCUCCCAGGAUCCCCAGGUCUCCCAGAGUCCGGUGCCCCCAGCCACCCCAGCACUGCCCUUCACGGCCUGGCUGCACUGGCCUCCAGGACCCACCACAGCCAGCCCCAGCUAGGAGCAAGCAGGACUUGGGGCAGCUACAGCUCACGGUGACUCAGCAGUACCCCACUGACCAAUCUCCUGCUGCUCUCCUGCCCCAGGAGGCCCGUGAUUCACCUGGUGGGUCUGGGUUCAGCAAACAGCCCUCCCUCCCAGAGUUUCAUGAAGGGCAGGGGGGCAGGAAGGGAACCCUCCUCCAAGCAGCCCUGCUGCUUACCAUCAGCCCAUUCUAGGCUUACCACCUCCAUGUGACGAGUCUGACACCCAUCUGCCCAGUGGCCAGUGACUGCCCCACCCAGCAGCUUUAGGGGUCCAAAGUCCAAGCCAGCUCUGGCCUGUGAAACUCAUAUAUAGACGAAUUAGUGAGUGGGGGCAAGCCUGGGAGCUACUGGUGCCAGGAAGAGACUCAAGCUGGACCCUUCCCCACAUAUCCUAACCCCUUCACCCACAGGCUCUGCCCCCUCCAUGCUUGGACACUGUAUUCAUGUCCUACUAACUUACACACCCACAGUACUCCAGGCCAGUCUGUUGAGGGAGGGUACUGUUGACACCAGCUGUGGCCAAUGGCUGAACUGUCCUGAGGGGUGGCUGGGAGCAGAGUCCAGCUCCCAUCGAUCAGCCCCAGGCAGGGGAUUUGAGACAGGAAGGAGGCCCAGAUUGUGCCCAGAGGGGUCUGCCUCAGGUAGGGUCAUAAGCAAACCCAGGUGACCCUCUUGUCCCUGCCAGCAGCUUCUCUCAUCCUUCCCAUUCAGGGCCCAUUCCCUGGUGGGAAAAACUGAGGUCCAUGCCUGAACCAUCAGUGACAAAGGCAUCCAUGUCCCCACACCCCUGCUCCCUACUUCCUCAUCAAGCACCAAGUCCUCGCUGAUGCCCGUGGGCUGGGGCCUGUGCUGUAGUCAAGGGCAAGGAGCAUCCGUCUAACAAGGCCAGGGCAUAAUUUGCACUCCCUUCAGCUAGAUACACAGACUCAGCAAUAAAUCUUUGCAUCAGGCCCCAGCUGUCCUUUCUUGGGAGGAGGGGGAGAGUGUUAAU